AUGUCGCUGAACGAAGCCAAACUCUCGGACGUUGAAUUUGUUGAGGAGAGCACUGCCGGCGAUGAGGAGAGGGAAAGGGAAGAGAGAGCCCUUGUUCGGAAGGUCGACUUGAUGCUGCUUCCAACGAUGUGGCUCAUGUACUUGCUUUCGUACAUGGAUGUAAGUGGGAUGGAUACGGACGAAGACAAUCGACUCAUAUGAGGACAGAGGACAAACAUAGGCAAUGCCAAGAUCGCCGGUAUGGUAGAGGACCUGAACAUGGACUCCAACCAGUAUUCUAUAUCGCUGGUCGUCGUAAGUCGAGCCCAGAGCUGGUAGAACGCGUGCUUCAGUUGAUCCAGAAAAGUUCUUCAUCACGUACGUGAUAUUCGAAGUCCCAACGAACCUCAUCCUAGCCAAGACCAGACCGUCAAUCUUCCUCGCAACGAUCAUGACUUUAUGGGGCAUCGUCACCUGCUGCAUGGCCAAGGUGGAGACGUACGGACAACUCGUCGCUCUUCGUGUGAUAGUUGGGAUACUGGAGGCUGGCUUCGCCCCUGGCGUACUCCUUAUCCUAUCCUCAUGGUACAAGAAGGCCGAGCAGUCGAAACGCUUCGGUGUCUACAUCUCAGCCGCCGUACUCUCCGGUGCGUUCGGUGGUCUCAUCGCUGGCGCCAUUACCGAUAACUUGGACGGCAAAUACGGCAUCAGAGGAUGGAGAUGGCUGUGAGCAAACCUUCACUCUCCACCCGUUCGCAACGAGGCUGACCGGCUCAUCCAGCUUCAUCGUUGAAGGUGCCGCUACCGCGGGAUGGGCUCUGAUCGCCGGCUUCAUCCUCCCGGACUUCCCAGUAAACACCGCCCGUCUCUCUCCGAGAGAACGCGAGCUCGCAAUCUCCCGCCUCGAAAGAGACGACGUCCAGAACAGAACAGAAGACACACCACAUCUCUCUUCGAUGGAAGCGAUCAGGCAGUCUCUCAUUUCGUGGCGAGUAUGGCUCCUUAUUGCCGGAUACACGGUCAUUGUCGGCUCCUCGACUCUGUCUUACUUCUAUCCAACGUUAGUCGAAGGUCUAGGGUAUACCUCCAACAUGGCGCAGUACAUGGUCGUACCGAUCUACGCCGUGUCCUUUGUUUGCGUCGGAUUUACCUCCUACUUCUCGGACAAAUUCCCUCAGCAGAGGGGUAUCAUCAUAGCCGUAAGUAUUGUCCCCACAACCAACCGACCGAUGGUACUGACAUCGCCACAUAGGCCUGGCUCACCCUCUCCAUGAUCUGCAGCAUCAUCGUCUGCGCCGUCUACGACUACACAGCGCGCUACGUCCUCCUCGUAAUCAUGGCUGCCGGUCUCUGGUCCACCAACGGCCUUUCCCUCUCCUACGCCUCUUCCACACUAGCCUCCAUGCCGCAAGAAACGCGCGCCGUCUCCCUCGCACUCAUAAAUGCUCUCGGCAACUUGGCGCAGAUAUACGGGGCGUACCUGUUCCCAAGUAAAGAUGAGCCGAAGUAUCUGCUUGGCUUUGGCGUGAUUAGUGGGAUGUGUGCUUUUGGGAUUGGUGUCUAUGUAAUUUGCCAUGUUCUGUUUCGGAGGGAGAAGAGAUAG